CAACCAAACUUGGAUUGCUCAUGAAGAAUCAAGUCACUCCAGACCAAGGCAUUGCCCGGCAAGCUGAGGAACUCUUCCCUCCUAGUCGAGGAUUAGAUAACCCUCCCACGCUUGGCAAUGGAGUUUCUUUGGAGGAACAAAACCGAACACAAAAUUGCCAGAGGUAUCCAGCCCAAUAUGCUCCAACCAGAUCGGCACAACAUUCUUGGGUCGGUCCAAGAUUUCCCCUGAGUCCAUUGACGAACAAGAAUCAGAAUUUUAAGAGUUUUUCAGAACAAAACUAUUCUCCUGCACAACCUUCUCAGACUGAAAGAGUUUCAGUUCGUCUUCGUCCAUCCACUCCAGAAUUCUCAGCGCAAUAUCCCCAACCUGACCUUAGGUUUCAGAAUCAACAACCCCCGUCGUAUGAGGAAUCGAUUAAGCACUAUAUUCCUAGGAGACAGAAAAAUCCUCCGCGAUGUUGCACUGUCUUUUAUCAACCUCCAAGUCAUCAGAAGGAAGGCUUUGAUAUAUCAGAUGGGUCUGUCAUAUUUACAGACCAGUCUGGAUUUAUUAGUCCACCAGUAGAUUGGACAAUUCCAGCAAUAAUUUCCCUUGUUUUCUGUCCAUGCAUUGGAUUAUUAGCUGUAUCAGCAAGUAAACAUUCUAGAAAGGCUGUUGAAGAGAGGGAAUUUGAUAUUGCUCACCAAAAAGCCAAAAGUGCCAGAAAUCUAGUUUGUAUUGCUGUUCUUUUAGGACUAUUGAGCUGGGGAUAUUUGAUAUGUUAUGCUUAUUUCUGGAGAUACACUUACAGGGAUUAA